UGCAAAGGGUCUGGGGCGUGCUCCAUAAGCAGUAAAGUAGCAGAACACCUGAAAAGCCCUGACACUGGAAGGAAGGUUAUUUCAGGGGCGCAGGUGGAGAUUGCAUAACAAACAUGAAUAAAGUUAAUGAAAAAUCAGGCUGCAGCGUGAAACACAUCAACGCACUAUUCCUCCCUGGCACAAUCUGCAAAAGUCUCGUUUAUUUUGGCAUCCGGACGACGAAAUUCCAGGUUCGUGUCAUUUACCUGGCCGUGUGGAUGGUCUUCCUGCUUGUGUUCGUCCGAGUCGAUUUCAGAUUUAGUUUGGACGAUUUCAUCGAUGUCACUGAGCGGGUGUGCGGGUGCACGAGCUGCAUAAUGGACCCACAGGAAGAUCCGUGGUUCAUGGAGCGCUACGACAGCCGGGUGCCAAAACUUAUGAACAGGACCAACAGUAAUAUCAGCGCACUCACAUAUAACUGGUGGAUGAGGCUCCAACCGUCCCGAUCACUGAAUCUCAGUGACGUCGUGGAACCUCUGUUCUCACUGUUUCGUGAUGAGGAACACUACAGUGACUCUGGUCCUAACCGCUGUAGAACCUGCGCUGUGGUCGGCAACUCGGCCAACUUGAUUAGAUCCCAUUAUGGUGCUAUGAUAGAUGCUCACGACUUUGUUUUCAGGAUGAAUCAUGGUCCAACCCAAGGCUAUGAGAGGGAUGUUGGGUUAAAGACCACACACAGGGCAAUUUAUCCAGAGAGCGCUGUAGACUUGGACAACUCCACCCAUCUAGUCCUGCUGCCUUUUAAAGUUUUGGAUCUGCAGUGGCUCAUUAGUGUUUUCACCACCAAAAACAUUACACGUACAUAUCGUGCAGUGAAACCUACAAUAAACGCGAACAAAGAUAAGGUGAUGAUCAUUAAUCCUGAGUUUAUAAGAUACGUCUACGAAAGAUGGUUGAUGAAAAACGGGAAAUAUCCAUCCACUGGCUUCAUCAUACUCAUGUUGGCCGUGCACAUCUGUGACCAGGUGAAUGUAUUUGGAUUUGGGGCCAGUGCAAAUGGACGAUGGUACCAUUACUUUGACCACUGGCAUCGUCAGUCCAUUCAUGCAGGUGUACACAGAGGGGGAGUUGAAUAUGAUGUCAUCCUGAAACUUGAGCAGCAACAGAGGAUCAAAAUGUAUAAAGGAUGGUGAUAGAGUCAGAUGAUGCCUUUUUGAAAGACACUUUUUAAGCGUGAGUCAUAUCGGCUCAGUCUUUCAUGGUAUUGCUGAGUAACAGAGCUUCAUUUAAACUCAGUGGCUCUCGACAGCACACGCUUCUGUACAGAUAACGGUUUCCUUUCUCUAAUACACUUAAUCCAAUUCAUUAUUUCAUUAUCAAGCCCUUCAUUAUCUGGAUCUGGUGGGAUUGGACACUAAAUACGAUAUAUACAGUACAUUGGGAAUGUAAAUCAGCAACAUGUUUACUUUUUCUAGAUUUAUAUCGUGCAAAAAGAUAAGCUGCGUAUGUGUACAGUACACGGAUGCACAUUGUACAGUAGGUAUACAGUUGCAGACUGUUACGCACUAUUUGUCUAAUUUAUUAAGUAUUUAAACCAUGUAUUUCUGUAAAAUAUUAUUAUUGACUACACAAUGUGUAAAGUGCAGCAUUAUGUUUCAUCCUGUGAUUGAUCAAUAAUAAUUAAAUCUCACAUUUCUUGGAAAAACUUGGCAAAAUGUUCCUGUGUCCAUUGUUGCCAGGCGUGUGCACGUCUUCCUGCAGCAGCUAUUUAUUGUUUAAAGUAUUAGAGCUGAAGUCAGCUUUCUCUAUUGUAUCUAUUGUGGAGUACAUAAAAGGAUUUAUUUGCACCUGUGGCCUUAUUGACGGAGUUGAUCUCAGCACCUUCUCCAGUAUUGGACAGUUCCAGAAUUAUUGGCACCCUUGAUUUUAAUAAAAUAAACAGUUGGAGAAGCAGGAACUUGCCUAGAACUAAAAGCAUCUGGCAAACUAACUGCACCCUUCUGACUGAUUCAGAUGUGCUCCACUUACAAAAGAGUCAGAAAACAAUGGAUUUGAGACAUGGUGGCAACUGGACGACUUUAUACAUCUCAAUGCUAUCUAGUGAAGAACAGGUUGAAGUGAAAGGUGCUGGAUUGUUUAUAUUGCCGUUCCUUGUAAUAGAUCACUCACCCAA